UAUUAUGACUGAUGAAGUCUAUAUUUUUAUUAAAUUAUCCUCAAUAAAACAUAAUUAAAUAUCCCAAAAAAAAAAAUAACAAACAAAAAUCUCAUUAUAAUAAUUUACUUGAUGUCUGUCAUAGUUACUCGUACUUUACAAUAGAAACAACAGAAACAACAUGAUCUAAAUGAUAAAUUGUGUUUUUUUUAUGGCGAAUAAAAAUAAAAAGCAAAAUAAUUUAUAACAAGAAUUUAUUUGUGUUUGUGUGACUCAAAUUACAAGGCUGUUGUAAAUUAGCAAUAAGACAGCAACAAUAACAAGAACAUCAAUUUUAACAAGAAAACAACCUUAACUACAACAAAAGUUUAUAAACAAAAUCCUAAAAUUAUCAUCAUGAUAUGUUAGAUAACAGUCUGUGGCAGCUGUACAAAAGUUAAAUUGAUGGUAAACUAAAAAUUUCAACACAAAUAAAUUUAACAGACAGCUGUUAGUAAAAAAAGAUAUUCUUCACCCACACACUAAAACGCGCAUUGAAACCAAUGUAAGUUUUGUCUUCAUACGACAUAGAAUAUACAAAAAAUACUUCCAAUUCAUGAGAAAUAUAUUUGUUUAAUCAAAAUUGAAGAACGAGCAAAGAAAAAAGCCAAAAUGUCGGCCACAAAUGUACAUAAAUGGGAUAAAUUGUCACCAAAGGAAUUUUUACAGCUGCAGGAAUUGGCAUCAUAUUCAACACGUAAACUUCAGGAUGUUCUGCAAGAGUUUUGUUCACCACAUGCCUCGCCAAAGCUGAAUCCGGAUGGUGACAUUGACUACGAUGGCUUUCGGCGUUUUCUUGAUGCUUUUCUCGAUUGUGAAACUCCCCCAGAAUUGGCUCAGCAUUUGUUUGUAUCGUUUCUUAAGGCCAAUGUGCAACAACUACAGGGCAAGACACUCAAUCAAAUGGCAGCCAUCAGCAGUACGGCUGCCUGUGCCCCGGUUACGGCGCAUACAAAAGGCUCUUUAGCAAAUGUAAAUAGUAUUGUGGAAAUCUCGCCUGCAAAUCUGGUACAUGGCAGCAGUGGCGGUGAGACCACAACAAGUGUUCGCAGCAGUUUUGUGGAUAAAUUGCAUCAUGGCAUUACCGACAAACUACAUUCGUUAAGUGGUCAUUUAACACAUGAUGCCAGCAAAACAGGGUGUGUGCAUCCAAUGGUUACUGUUACACCCAGUCCCAUGGCAGCAUUUCAAAAUACAACAACGACAACAAAUGCUAACAGCAACAACAACAAUGCAAAUGGUCAAAAUAUUGGUGGUGGCAGUGGAGGUGGCGUUGGUGGUAUUGUUGGUGGCUCAACAUUUACCACAACAAAUACACGUUGUUCCACCGACUCCAGCCCAUCACAUUCACAAACCAAUCAUUCCCAAAUGUCACGCAACUCAUCCAAAAAGAGCAACAAUUCGGUUAAUUGCAAAAUAGAUGCUGAUAUUAAAUUAUUAACACGCAAACUUUCACAUUUUGAUCCCUUAACACUGAAAGUGUCCCUUAAGGAUGUGGUAUGUUAUUUAUCAUUGUUAGAAGCUGGUCGGCCAGAGGACAAAUUGGAGUUCAUGUUCCGUUUGUAUGACACGGAUGGCAAUGGUGUGCUGGACACGGCUGAAAUGGAUGCCAUUGUUAAUCAAAUGAUGGCUGUUGCUGAAUAUUUGGGUUGGGAUGUUACUGAAUUAAGGCCGAUACUUCAAGAUAUGAUGGUAGAAAUUGACUAUGAUGCCGAUGGCACUGUUUCCUUGGAAGAAUGGCAACGUGGCGGCAUGACAACGAUACCUUUACUAGUACUAUUAGGUGUCGAUAGUACUGCUUUAAAGGAGGAUGGCAUACACGUCUGGCGUUUGAAACACUUUAAGAAACCAGCAUAUUGUAAUCUUUGCCUAAAUAUGUUGGUGGGUUUGGGCAAAAAAGGUCUCUGCUGUGUAUUGUGCAAGUAUACAGUACAUGAGCGUUGCGUUCAACAUGCUCCAGCAUCUUGUAUAACAACAUAUGUCAAAUCGAAAAAGGUCAAGGGCGGUGGUGAUCUACUGCAUCAUUGGGUGGAAGGCAACUGUUACGGACGUUGCUCGAAAUGUCGUAAACGUAUUAAAGCAUAUCAUGGCAUUACAGGACUCACGUGUCGUUGGUGUCACAUGAUGCUUCACAAUCGUUGUGCUUCAUCGGUGAAGAAGGAAUGUAGUUUGGGGGAAUUUUCCGAUUUAAUUGUGCCACCUACAGCCAUCUGUCCGGCUGUAUUGGAUCGUCAACGUUCUGUUAAUCAAGCAAAUAAGAAAUCUUCUACAUCCCAAUCACAUCAUCAACAGGCUACACAUUUCCAAAUGACACCACCAAAUGAAAUCAGUUGCCCUCUGUUGGUGUUUGUUAAUCCCAAAAGUGGCGGUCGACAAGGUGACCGUAUUCUACGUAAAUUCCAAUACAUGCUAAAUCCACGUCAGGUAUACGAUCUGUCCAAAGGUGGUCCCAAAGAAGGUCUUACAUUAUUUAAGGAUUUACCCAAUUUUAAAGUUAUUUGCUGUGGUGGCGACGGCACCGUGGGUUGGGUAUUAGAAGCCAUGGACUCCGUAGAGUUUGCCACACAACCAGCAAUUGGUGUGAUACCAUUGGGCACUGGCAAUGAUUUGGCACGUUGCUUGCGUUGGGGUGGCGGUUAUGAGGGUGAAAAUAUACCAAAAUUAAUGGAUAAAAUUAAACGUUCGAAUGUUGUAAUGCUGGACAGAUGGAGCAUAGAAGUGACAAAUAAUCCCAUGUAUGAGGAGAUACCGAGGCCGAAGGUGACACUGCACUCGAACAUGCAAAAAGUAUUUGAAUUGUCACAAAGUGUUGUGGUUGAGAAAUCUUUUAUGGAAAAAUACGAAGAAGAGGAAAUUCAUCGGAGCAGUAGUUGCAAUACAAAUCUCUGUCAACAUGAUUAUACAACACAACAGCUGACACAAUUCACAGAUGAUGAUGAGGAUGAUGGUGAUGAUGAUGAUGAUCCAAUGACGACGACAGGACAUAAAACAUCGUUACACGAAGAAGAAGAGUUAAGUGAGAAGCAGCAACAGCAACAAAUUAAAUCAUCAAUGUAUCGCAGUACAACAACAACAACCUCAACAUCUUCAUGUAAGACAACAAAAAGCAUAUCAAUGUCUACAUUUGAAAUUAAACGUUUACAACAGAACAUGAGACAGGAUACAAUGAUUAGUUAUUGUAGUAGUCCCACAACAUCAUGCAGCAGUACACAAAGUACCUUAGGAAGACAGCAACAGCAACAGCAGCAGGAACAUCAGCAGCAACAACGACAACACAUUAGAGAAUCAAUAUCAACGUCAUUAGCAGCCGAGAAAAGCAAUUUAACAAAUGAUGAUGAUGAUGCUUGUCGAGACCAUCGCCAUAUUGACACAAAUACUAAUAACAACUAUGAGGAUAAUAACGAUAAUCAACUUAACUACCACAAUAAUAAUCAGCAUGAUAAUGCUAAUAAUGAUGUUGCUGCCCCUGCUGCUACUGCUACUACUGCUGAUAAUGAUAAUAAUGAGAGUAUUGUUACUGUCGACAGUAGGAAUGAAACAAGAAAUGCCAGAUACAAUGCAAAUGUUGAUUUAAAUACGACGACGCCUAAACACAAAUCAUUCAAUUUCAAUGGAAACUUAUCACUGUACGAUACAACGGCUUGUGAUGCCAACAAGCAGUCAUCAUCAUCCAUGUUCCAUCAAAACAACAAGGACCAGCCAGUACCAGUACAACCAACAAAUGGCAAUAAAAACGAUGCAUUUGUAAUAACGGAAAGUGAAAAUUUAUUUGCCACAACUCCCACUCAAACUCAAACAACAGCUGACGAGUGCGCCACUUUGUAUGAGCAGCGCUCGCCCACACCAGUGCCAACGCCAACACCUACAGCCUCGGAAACGAAAACAUUUAACAUUCCUCUACAAAAACCUCUAAAAAGCCAAGCGGAAAAGGACUGCACUGUGCCAUACAACAUUAUCAAUAAUUAUUUUUCUGUGGGAGUGGAUGCCGCAAUUUGUGUUAAAUUUCAUUUGGAACGUGAAAAGAAUCCGCAUAAAUUUAAUAGUCGCAUGAAAAAUAAACUUUGGUAUUUUGAAUAUGCAACAUCGGAAACAUUUGCCGCAUCUUGCAAAAAUCUACACGAACAUAUUGAAAUUGUUUGUGAUGGAGUUUCCUUGGAUUUGGCAAAUGGACCUCAUUUACAAGGUGUGGCUCUACUCAACAUUCCAUACACCCAUGGUGGUUCCAAUUUGUGGGGAGAACAUUUAUCGCAAAAACGUAUACGCAAAAGUGCCGGUCCAUUUCGUAAGGGCAAAAAACUGAAAUCCUCCGAUAAGGAACUAUCAGCCACUAGUUUUAAUUCGGUAGAUCUAUCGGUAGCAACACAAGAUUUUGGUGAUCGUUUAAUUGAAGUUAUAGGCCUGGAAAACUGCUUACACAUGGGUCAAGUUCGUACUGGACUUAGGGCCUCAGGGCGACGUUUAGCCCAGUGUAGUGAAGUGAUUAUAAAAACUCGCAAAACGUUUCCCAUGCAAAUCGAUGGUGAACCUUGGAUGCAACAACCCUGCACGAUUAAAGUUACACAUAAAAAUCAAGUUCCUAUGUUAAUGGCUCCACGCUCCGAAAAGGGUAAAGGUUUCUUUAACAUGCUGUGCAGCUGAUUCAGACGCAGCGUCUCAACCAGUUCCAUAUUGCGACGCGAACAUUUUACUACAACAAUUACUACUCCAACACAUUUUACAGAAACCACCGUCCAAAAUACAGAAUACUAAAUAGCUUUAUAUAUAAGAAAACACAAAAAAACUAAAAAAACACAUAAAACCACAUGAAUAUAAAUAAUUAAAUUAAUUUAAUUUAUUAAAGAUGAGUAAGCUAAAUUUAUUUAUUGCAUUUUAUGUUUGUUUUAGAUUUUAAAUUUUACUUAGGAAACAUUCAAUUUUGAACACCGGUAGUUACUAAUCAACCAACCAAAUUUCGCUUUAACAAUACUUUAUUAUUAUUAUACCGGUGAAAAAGAACAAAUAUUUUUUUGUAUCUAGUCUUUAUUUAGCAUUAAUAGCAAAAAUAUUUAUAGAAGAAUUUAUUAUAUACAAUUUAAGUCUACUUGAAAAAAAAACA